AUGUCAAGCCCGGAAGAAGAGGAAUCUGCUCAAGUUCUAGAAUGUGAACCCCAGAUGAACAUUCUUUUCUCGGCUCCCGAUUUCACCGUGCCUUCCCCGGACAAGGUCGAUGGAAUGGUUAACCCCGACAACAUUAUCUUUAACUGGGGCGGCGUGAGGAUAGCGAGAAUAUCACCCGAAAUUGUCGUCAAAUUCGGAACCCAUGUCACAUUGACCGAGGCGAAAAACAUGAUCCUAUUUGAUACUUACAUCUUCAUGACUUUCGAGGAAGGUCAGAGUCUCGAUAAAGUCUGGGAAUCUUAUGAUGAGAACACAAAAGCCCAUGUUACCAACCAGCUCAAGCAAUAUUUCUGCGAACUUCGCAAGAUCGACGGCAACUACAUAGGCUCCGCUGAUUCCGGUCCCAUUAUGGAUCCGAUCUUUGAGACUUACCACGACAAAGGACCCUUUGACUCCGAAGAAGCUUUUAAUAACGCAAUCGUCGAUGCCUAUCAAUCCAAAGCACCAAGAUGUCACAUCAAGAGUUUCCUAUCCGGUAUGCUGUGCCAAAACAAACACCAGAUCAAAUUCACCCACGGAGACCUACGCCUCCAGAAUAUCAUAGUCAACGAUGGAUUUGUCAGUGGGAUUGUGGAUUGGGAGUUUAGUGGCUGGUAUCCUGAAUACUGGGAAUUUUCCAAAGCUCUCUGUCUGGAGGUGGCAAAAUGA